AUCAAAUACUGUAACGAAGAAAUAUAAAAUGACAAUAAUGAAAUUUAACCAGUAAUUUUAUUUUAGAACUAAAUUAGGAAUUUUCAAAACAUAGUAACUGUUUAAUAACCAAAAAAUUUUAGAUUUUAGAUCGACAUAUUGAUUUUUGCAAUUUUCAAAUAUGAGAAAAGAAAUUAUUAUUUAUAGUAUAUUUUUAUUAAUUUAUGUGAAUGCAAAUAAUGAUAUAAAAUUAAACAAAAAAAAAUCAUGGCGGGAUAAAGACAUACGCGAUAUGACUGAUGCGGAUUUAGAACACUUGUUAGAUCAAUGGGAGGAAAAUGAUGAACCAUUGGAACCAGAUGAAUUACCAGAACAUCUUAGACCUAGUCCAAAAAUUGAUAUAUCCAAACUUGAUAUGUCAAAUCCUGAUAAUGUACUAAAAAUGACAAAGAAAGGUAAAAGUGUAAUGAUGUUUGUGGACACUAAUGAAGAUAUGUCUGCUGAAAAAGCUGAAAUGAUAAUGCGAAUUUGGCAAACUAGUCUUCAAAAUAAUCAUAUAAUUGCAGAAAGAUAUCCAAUUGAUCAAAAAAGAUCUGUUUUUUUAUUUCAUGAAGGAUCACAAGCUGUAGAUGCUAAAAAUUAUUUUUUACAACAGCCAGAAUUAUCUCAUGUAACACUUGAAGGCCAAACCUAUUUUAGAGAUCCAAAAAAGCAGGAUGAAAAUGUGGAAAAAAUUAAUAAAAUAGGAAAUAAACAAAAUGUUAAGAAAGACAAUGAGAAAAAAAAAGUGGAGUUGUGAUUUAUUAUAACAUAUAAAUUUUUUAUAGAUAGUCAAAUAUCUAUAAAAUAUAAUAUAAUAUAUUUUUCAUUUGUAUAUUUUUGUAUGUAUAUAUAUAUAUAUAUAUAUAUAUAUAUGCAAAUAAGAACAAUUUUUUAUAUAAUCUUUUUUUUUGUUUAUAGAAAUAUACAAUUUAAAUUAUUUGUAUUUAAAUAUUUUUUUACUUUAUUAUCUUAAUAAAAUCUUAACAAAAUGUUUCUAAAAUUUACGAAUUAUAUACACAAAAUAAAUAUGAUUUAUUCUAUAAAAGAAAAAGUUUAAUUAUUAUAAAAAAAUAAAUUUUUCAUACAAAUAUUAUUUGUUAAUUAUAUUUUUAUUGAUUUUAUUAGAACAAUUACAAAUUUUAAAAAUAUAUUUUAAAUAAGAAAAAAAAAUUAAUAGUGGUUCAUUAUUAACAUUAAAAAUAACGGAGAUAGCAACAAUUGAUAAUCUCAUAAAUAAUAUUAAAAACAAUUAAAUAUUUUAUUGUUAAUCACAUAUUAGCAUAUAUAUAAAAAGUGAUAGAUUAGAUUAGAUUUCAUUUCAUUCAUUAAAUUAUGUAAAAUUCUUAUAAUGAUUAAUUAUUUAUUUAAACUAGAUUUACUAGUAGAAGAAUCUAGUUGAUUAAUGCUAUCCAUAGCUCUCACUUCUCUUUGUAAUUCUUUUACUACAUUUGCAAGUGCAUAUGGAUUUACACCAUUCUCACAUAAUCGAAUGCAUAUACUUAAUGUUGUUGGAUCCAAAUUUGUAUUUAAUAGCUUUGAAAUUUGAUAAAGUGUUUGGAAUGUUUUACGAGCAGCAUUUAUUUGAUGAUGUACAGGUUCUGGCAUGCUGCCUCGAUUUCUUUCUUUU